AAUUCCAAGCUCCAAAUUCCACAACCGUAACAAGAAUCACAGCAUCCAGAUCGCGGCGGAGAUCGAGAGGGGCGACGCUUCUGAACCAUUCAACACUAACCUCCACUGCAGAAUUUUCCCUUUUGUCGCAUCAAAUCAGCCAAAAUAAGAUGUUUGAUGAUCAGGACUUGGGAUUCGUUGCCAAUUUUCUUGGCAUUUUUAUAUUUGCGUUGGUGAUCGCAUACCAUUACGUGGUGGCUGACCCCAAAUAUGAAGGCAACUAAAAGACUUUCAACACUGUCAAAUUUUGGUAGCUCAGCUGCAAUCAUGUAAUAGAAAUUUUAGUCUUGUUUUAGUGAUAUUCACUUUGAGUGAGCAAAUCAUUCAAAGUUAUAUUAUGAUAUCUAUUUGGCAGCAUAUAUAAGAUUAUUGACAUCUUUGGCAAGUGUUUUGCUGUGAAAAUUAAGGGUAAUGAUGUUCUUAGCACAUCUAGUAGUUUUGAUUCACUUUGGUGUAAUAGUUUUAAGUAGCACUAUAGCUGUACUCUGAGUAGAAUAAUUCACCGAUUACUCGUGAUUGACUUGAAAUCUAUUAAAAGUUGAUUUAAUGAUAA